AGGGAUACCUGAAUGUGGCAAAGUCCUUCAAUGAGGUCCCUGGCAUAUGAGGGAGUAUGCCCUAGUGAACGAGUGAAGUAUUAGGUAAGAGAGUGUAUUUCCAAGGGGGUGUUCUGUACUUAGGGCUUGGGGUGGGAGCAGGCAGCUCUAUGGAAGGAUCAGCUCAGUUAUUGUGACAGCCCCAGGAGCAGGGUGAGUGCUGGGAAUUCUUAGCAAUGGAAGAGAAAAGAAAACCAGAUUUUUUCCUGGCUGGACUAAAGCUUAAAAUUUUAUGAAAAUGCUGUCUGAAUUUCCUCCUUUUUUUUUUAUUUUCACUUUAUAAUUAGUUGGCUUCUUUGCCGCGCUACGUAUAUCCUUUCUAUCUGCUACUGACUGGAUGAAAGUCUGAUGUCACAUCCUUCUUCAUCUAUUGUGCUUUUCCUCCUAUUCAGACUUUUUCUCUUGUGAUUUGUUUCAGAAGGAGGAAGUGCCAGAACAUAGAGUUGUAGGCGCUCUUACAGACACCAACCUCUUAAAACUUCUCCAGCUGAGCAGUACAUUCUGUGGUGUCUUGAAAGCAGGGACAGUGCCUGGUGCAGAGUGGUGGCUCCAUGUUCUGACAUUUGCAGGCCUCCCAGUGUGGCUGACAAGUCGUUUUUGGCCACAGGGGUAGCUCCGUGUGUGACCCAGACACAGUGAUCAAGCGGCAAUGACAAAUGGGGCUGUGCCAGCUGAGUCCUCUGUCACGUUCUCUGCAACUUUGCUUACAGCUGCUGUAUUAAAGCUUCUCCUGUUUCCUGAACCUUUCUGUCCUGGAGCGUGGGGCUUUGGAGAUGGAUCCCGUGGAGGGAGGAGAAAUGAUGGUAUCCUUAGGAAGGAAGAGAUCUUUGAGAUGCUUGAGUUCAACCCCAAAGCCCACUCUGCCAAGUCCACUACUAAACCGAGUUCCACACCUUGGAACUUAUCAUGAUGUCUGUCUCAGGAGAGCAAGCUAUGGCUGGAGAGAAAAUGCUCAGGAUACCCAGCUGCCUCCUAAAGCCCACCAGGGUCAUGCUGAGCCACAAGCCCUGGGCCCUGUUUAUCCUCAUCUUUGUGUUUGUAUCCUUUGCCUACCACAAGUUGUAUUCGAAUAUCUGGGAGGACCCAAAGAGCAGAGGCCCCCCCUAUGGCUCGUCUGCUGAAAUCAGCUGUGCUCACUAUGUGCCUUCUUCCCUCAACAUUGCUGGUGGGCCCUCUCCUUCUACAGGAAGUGUGUUUUUUGUGGAGACCUCAGAGCAAACUACCCCGAGUUACCUGUUCUCAUGCUCUGUGGAGUCAGCGGCCAGGGCACACCCUGCAUCAAGAGUCGUGGUGCUCAUGAAAGGCUUGGCCAAAGAGAAUGUCUCCUUACCCAAGCACUGGGCUUUCUCCUUGCUGAGCUGCUUCCCCAACGUGGAAAUCCAGCCCCUGGACUUGACAGACCUCUUUUCUGGAACACCUCUGGCACAAUGGUACUUGCAGCCUCAGAGGCAGCAGGAGCCUCAUUUUUUACCUGUCCUUUCUGAUGCCUGCAGGAUUGUCCUCAUGUGGAAAUUUGGUGGCAUCUACCUGGAUACAGAUUUCAUUGUGCUUAAGGACUUACAGAACCUCACCGAUGCACUCGGGAUUCAGGAUGACGUUGAACUGAAUGGGGCCUUUCUGUCCUUUAAGCCCAAACACAAGUUCAUGGAGCUUUGCAUGCAGGAUUUUGUGCAGAAUUACAAUGGCUGGGUCUGGGGCCACCAGGGCCCAGGGCUCCUAACUCGUGUCUUCAAGAAGUGGUGCUCCAUCCAGACUAUCAAGAGCAUGAGCUGCAAAGGUGUGAGUGCUCUUGCCCCAGAAGUUGUUUAUCCCAUUCCCUGGCAGGACUGGAAGAAAUUGUUUGAGCCAGUCAGUGCCUUGGAGCUUCGCAAACUCCUGAAGAACACCUAUGCACUUCAGAUUAUUCUUGUAGUGCAGCACCCAAAACAACACACAAUAUUCCAGGUGAGGCCAUCCCUGCCCAGAGUACAGUGGGACAAUCUCCUUGCUGGCCCGGUUGGUGAUGCAGGCCUGGUGGUCUCAGGAUAG